UAUUACUCCUCUGAGGCAAGGAGAAAUCCAUAUCAAAAACCUCAACGCCCUGUCUCUGCACAGUCUCGAUCAUCAAAUGCCAAAUUGCGUUCCCGGCCCCUCUCUGCCAGUGAUGCUGAGAUGAAAAACCUCAUUCCCUCUGCAAAAGAGAAAGUAGCAGGAAGGCAUGUUGGCUCCAUGCUGGGCCUCUCCAUGGAAGAGAUAAAAGUGUUGCGCCGAGUGAAGGAUGAAUAUGACAGAAGAGGGGGGUUCAUUCGUAUAUUCCCUACACCAUUAACUUGGGACGUUUAUGGGCCUUUUCUGGAACAUAAGACAACAAUGAACUAUAUGCUGGCUACUCGCCUUUUCCAUGAAAGAGGAGGUUCAAGGAAAGGGCCAGUUCCUAGGCGAGCUCGUUUAGCUCUUGCUGCAGAACUAGGUCUGGACAUUAUGGAUUGCAAUGCUCAGCUUCAUGCUGCUUUGUAUGAGCGGAAACUCUUAUCACUAGAGGUUCGAAAACAAAGGCGACGUUUUGGUAAACUGAGACCAGGAAGAUUGUCAAGAUUGUCAGGGACAUCACAAUCAGCCGAUUUUAUCCUCAAGUCAGAAACAGAAUGUGAAGAAGAGGAGGAAAUAGAAGAUGAAGAACUAGAGAUAUGCCAGAGUGAAACAGCUGACUCUCUCAGAAAUAUGCAGGUGAAAUUUAAGCCACAGUUGACAGAGAUAGUGAAGCCUCCCCACCAAGGGAAGUUACCAAAGGACCCGGAAGAGAAGCCUAUAAAUGAAGGGGUGCCUCUUCAAGACAAAGUGGAACCAGUGCCAAAGAAUGCUGAUCUUCCAUUUAAUUUGCUACAGAUUCUGCGAGAGAACAGGAAUCUAAGCAAAGUUCAGGCUCGCAGAGCUUUCUCUGCUUACCUGCAGCGUGUCCAGCUGCGCCUGAUGAAAGAGGCUGGUGAUGAGGUCCACAAUCCAGUCUGGGCUGCCAAGGAAGAUGAGCAGAUGGAGCUGGUGGUUCGUUUUUUGAAGCGAGCAGCCAGCAAUCUUCAGCAGUCCUUGAAGAUGCUCCUUCCGAGUCGGCGCCUGGCUCUCUAUGACCGUAGGCGCAUCUUAGCUCACCAGCUGGGUGAAUUCAUCAUCUGCUAUAACAGGGAAACAGAUCAAAUGUCUCAGAAAAAGAUAAUGAAGAAACAGGAGGAAGAGGAAGAAGAGGGGGUAGAUGAGGAAGGCUUUCAUGAAUUUGUCACUAAGGCAAGUGAAAGUGAUCUUGAGGAGGUAUUGACUUUUUACACACACAAGAAUAAAUCAGCAAGUGUCUUCCUGGGAACAAAUCCUGGAGCUACAAAGCAUAGUAAUAGCCAAUUGGAAAACAAGAACAAAGGCAAUAACUCAGAAAAGAUGGGGAAAAAUGAAAAACAGCAGUCCCUUCCAGUGGAGAAGGAAAAUGUGGUAGAGCAGCUGAGACUUGAUCAACCCAAAAGAACCAGUUUACCCAGGGUUCCUUCUUCAACGGAAGAUGGAGAGAAUACACCGCAAUGCAGCAUUCCUAACCCUUCUUCCUGUACUCAUGGUACCAUUCUCCCACAAAGCAUCAGUAUCCCAUUGUCCUCGCAACCUGCUGCCUGUGAUAAUGUACAGGUGCCUGAUUAUCACUCGACCCCUUCCCUUUCGUCAGGUUCUAGAGUGACUUUUUCCCCUUCUUCUCAAAAUACAGCACCUGACAACUUGCCUAAUACAGCAAAAAAUAUGUCCCGCCCAUCCUCAAACAGUGCAAGCUUACACCGUUGUCGGUCUGGCAGUUACACUGUCAGCCCCUUCUCUUCCUUUCAGACUGCCAUGCAAAUCUACAGCCAGAGACUGACCCGACCUUCCUCAGCAAAAGCAGCAGGAUCAAGAAGUCACAGCCCAAGUAGACAGCGGGGUGCAUCUGCCAGAACGAAUAAGGAUGGAGAAGACAACAAACGUUACAGUCAUGAUAUUGCAGCAGAACUUCAGAGACUGGCAGAGAAGCAGGCAGCUAGACAGUACUCACCACCCAGUCACAUCAGCCUUCUUUCACAACAGCUUACAAAUUUAAAUAUGAUAAAUGGAGCUGUUAAUAAAGUAAGUGCAACUGCUUCCAAUUAUCGAUCACCGCUCAACCCAGGAGGUUCAUUUUGGGCUUUUCAAACACACAGCAGUACUACUGAUACCAGACCUUCAUCUUUAACACUCAGGACCCUAGAAUCUGACAGCUUUGCCUGGGAAGGGGAUACAGAAAACAGCAUACAUAGUAAGUUGAUAGGAAGCCAACCAGUGCAUCCCAAGACCCCAGCAAGCGUCGGCAGCUAUCAGCUCCAUUUUGCCUUGCAGCAGCUCCAACAACAGAAGCUUCAGUCACGGCAGCUUUUGGACCAGAGCCGAGCACGGCAUCAGGCUUUGUUUGCCAACUUCCCAACAUCCAGUAUCAGUUCUACAACCUUGUCAUCUGGUUCUUGUAGUCACAGAACAUCAAGUUCCAUUUCUAGAGUCCAGAAUGCACCUAGCCUGCACAAAGUGGUGUCAUCUCAUAGUGCAUCUUCACAUUUGGUCCCUAAGCCCCCAGCCAGCCACAGACAAACAUUUAUCAGGAAAGUAGCAUCUCAAAGAAUGUCCAAGAUAAAUUCUACAGAAAGGCAGCUGAAUGGAUUCCAGAAUAGCCUUAAUAGUGCUACAUCCUGUGAGCCACUUGCAAACUCCACAGCUCCUGUUUGUACUUACUUUUUGAAGAAGGAUUCACCCUAAAUAAUGAAUAAACAACCAGCUCAGUGCUUCAGCAUGCAAGGAGGAGAUGAAGCAGGAAUGACUGUUCAUCAUUCCACGUUCCUGGCUACACCCAGAUUGAUAGCAAGACUUGUUUCAGACUCCAGCAUUUUCCCUUAGGAGAGAAAAACAGCUGAGUGCUUGUGGAAAUAGUGUUCAAGCUCUGACAUGAGGUUUCUACUCUACUGAGCUUUUGCUGCCAAGUCUCAGGGUUUCCUUUGUGUUCUGUAUCACAUCUUCUACCAGAUAGCCUUUAAAUUGUGGUUAUGGCUCGUAAGAUAGAAAUUCUGAAUUGUGUCUAUAUUAUGUACACAGGGCCCAGAUUUCUCUUUCCAGUUAGACAUUUCGGCUUCCCCUGAGCAUGAUGAAGUUAGUCUACUAGAUGGUGGACACAGUUCAUACUACAUGACUACAGUUGACACAUGAGGUUAAAAUGCUGACUGAUUAUAGACACUUGUGCUGGAUGCUAUCUUCAAUGUUGGCAAGAAGCCAUAAAAAUUCUCAGUCUGUGA